AUGCCGUUGGACGAUUACUCCACCUCCACCGGCGGGGGCGGCAAGCUCAAGUUGAAAGGGAGCAAAGUUGGGGGCGAUCGGGAUGAGGACCGAGCCAAGAGCGAAGAUAAGGGCUCUUUGAGCGCGGAUGCGACGCCUGAGCCUGGAUCUGGAUCUGGAUCGGGGUCCGUGGGGAAGACGGAGGCGGAGAGGAAGUAUGAGGAGAUGCGAAAAAAGAGGAUGCAUGAGCGACUCCAGCGGGACGGUGUCAAGACGCAUAAGGAGCGUGUGGAAGAACUCAAUAAGUAUCUCAGUCGACUGAGUGAGCAUCACGAUAUGCCGAAGAUUGGACCGGGCUAG